UUUGUAUUUCCUUCUGCCAACUUCAACCUGGCGAUGAAGACGAAGGAAGAUCGUUGUCUGCCGACGAAAGGACUUCGCGAUGAAGUAAAUAAACUGAACACAAAAUGAACACUUUAGAAAAGAAGCUCGCGGACUUGAUCCGUGAGCACCCGAAUCUGUACGAUCAAUCACGGCGGGACUACAAGGACAAUCUGAAGGGGCAUUUGUCGUGGAAAGAGAUCGCAGACAACAUGGGAAAGUCGGAGGAAGAGGUGAAGCUAAAAUGGAAAAAUCUACGCGACAAGUUCUGUAAAGCGAAGAAGCGAAUGGCCAAGAGAAACGUCCCUGUGCUAACAGACGACGAGAACCCGGUGGAGAGGCCCGUCCCGGUGCUGUACAACCAGCUGGCCUGGCUCAGCGCCUAUGUCAAACCCAGACCAGGAGCUGGCAUGGGGGAGACCGACGAGGGAGCUGGAAGUGGUGAUGACCUGGAGAAAGAGCAAGAUAAAGACGACAAGGAGCAGCAUGGUCCCCUGCCUGUCGUUAGUACUAGCUUUUCUCUUGUGGAGGCCUGUUCAAACAACCACCAGGAGAUGGGCGUCUCUCUUAAACGUAAAAGGCAAACCACCACAGAAACUGAGAUAAGUUCUGCAGAUGCCCUCACCAACCUCAGAGAUGAAGAUGAACUGUUUCUGCUCAGCCUUCUGCCCUCACUGAAGAGGCUUACCAUUAAAAAAAGAAUGGAGGUGCGGAUGAAAUUCCAGCAAGUGCUUUAUGCUGCAGAGUUUGAGGACUAAAAGGCAAUAAAAACUGCAUGAUCAGUGGCAGGGCUUGUUAUCGUACAAUUAUGAUUCUUCAAGCUCUCGACCUGUAAAUAGAUUUUUUUUAACCAUUAUAACUUGUUAAUAUUUAUUUUUGGAUCACCACCAUCAAAAUACCAAAAAAUCAAUAUGUAGAUCUUUAUUAUUCAGUGUUGUUCAUGUAUCAAGAGCUUUAUCUCUUGGUUUAAAAACAGAGAAAAGUGUCUCUCAUUUUGAAUGUAGGUGUUGGAGUCACCCUUUUGUUACUAGUAAUUAGAGUCAACAUAGAGUUCUUAGUUAAUUAGGUACACAUGCAGUAAAAUCCGAUACAAAAGCCCCAUAAUAACUCCCUCCUUUUUUAAAGCUGUGCAUGUGUACCUGAUAACCUGGUAACACCAUUGGUUGAUUAACUUUACAGAUGGAACGUACAAAUGCCACAAUUACACAAUAUCAUAACUACUUAACAUGUAAACCCUUUAAACUCUGUCUAGCACUGCGCAGGGUGUUAUUUUUGUCCCAUGAUGACUGUUUGACAGCACAGUACCAACUCACAUUAAUAGUCAAGUCAGAAUUGAGAUAACUGCAAAUAUAAAUACAGUUGUUUUCUUUAACUUUGUAGCUACAGAUUGGGGAAGUUAGGAAACAGUAAAUUCCAUCCAAGUUAGUUCCAGUAAUGAUUCUGCUUAUCAAAGCUGCCUGCUUCAUUUCAAACGAUUUUUGUAGAUUAGACAGAGCUCGCUGACUGUACAUAAAGACCUCUCCUUUAUCUUCGUGAAAGGAGUCAUUUCUACCAUAUAUUUUUUACAAAUAAAUAUUUUCUUGCUAUUGAAAA